AUGGAGGAUUUUCUCAAUGCCUCCACCUAUUGUCAGCGUCUAAAGAGCCUUGCGGAUCAACUGAAAAACGUCGGGGCUCCCGUGACGAAUAGCCGCCUUGUCCUUCAACUGGUUUCGGGUCUCACUGAAGCAUACAAAGGGGUUGGGACACAAAUUCGCCAUGCUAAGCCUCUCCCCCCAUUCACAGAGGCUCAGUCUUCCCUUGUUUUGGAAGAACGUGAACUUACAGCCAUGGUGUCUCACAAGUCUGGUUCGGCUAUGGUAGCCGCGGUCGACGACGCUGCACUUCAAUUUGAAAACACAGGCUCACACCGAGGGAAAAACAAAAAUUCCCACCACCACAAUUCUGGGAAUGGCCGUAAAGGGGGUUCUGGCCGCGGCUCAGGCGGCGGUAAAAACAACUCCGGCGGACGUGGUGGUUCAGGCCGUAGCAGCGGUGGUGCACAGCCAGCGGGCUCCUCUUCGCAGCAGUGGCAUGCCGGACAACUUGGUCACUGGCAGUGGGUACCGCAGACUCAAUGGGUUGCUGCUCCUCCCCCAUGUUCUUACCCAACCACUUCUUGGGCUCGUCCCCCAACUGGACCAACAAGGCAGUAA